GAACUAACUCUUUUGACGGAAUAUGCGAGUCGCAGUACCACCAAAAUCAAGAGUGUUCAUCUUCCUUUGUCAUACUGGAGAGGGUGCGACCGGAAGUCUCGAUGCGUUUUCGCUGAACACGCACAACAGUGGACCGGAAGUCUUAAGUUUUUCUCGCUAGACACACGAUAGUGGCGCUCAAAGAUCACGCUUAUUUACUGCCAUCGUUAUCGCCAACAUGUCUUUACUUAAGAUGCCGCUUGAAGAACUCAAUCCUCACUUGAUGUGUGUGUUGUGUUCUGGGUACCUUGUUGACGCUACGACGAUUAUCGAAUGCCUACAUUCUUUUUGUCGAAGCUGUAUCGUUAAAUACCUUCAGACAUCGUAUCACUGUCCUGUUUGUGAUGUUGAAGUCCACAAGACCAAACCCCUGCUACAUAUAAGACCCGACCGACCGCUCCAGGACAUUGUGAACAAGCUUGUCCCAGGAUUAGUAUAUGACGAACUCGAUCGCCGUUCAAAAUUCGAAGACAAAUCAGAAGAGGAAAAUUCUAUAAGCGCGGUCGAUACAGCCUUAAUAAGUGAGACUGGGGCUGUGAAAACUGAUUGCGAAACGAAUUCAAAGAGCAACGCCGAGGUAAAGAUGGAAGAUCCGAUGUUUGUCACUCUGGAAUACUACAGGCGUCAAAGAAUCUGGAAUGAACGCCAGAUUUUCCCGACUCGUUAUCUCAGAUGUCCUUCUGCGGUGACUGUCAACGUCUUGAAAAAGUUCCUUGCAAUGAAGUUUGCAAUUCCUAACACACAUCAGGCUGAACUUGUUCGCUCUGACGAGCUUCUUGACGACUCGUUGACGAUGAAGGAAGUUUCGCAAAUAUAUGGGCUCUACUCGAAAUCUUUCCUGGAUCUCCAAUACUCUUUCUUGGACGUUUGUAAGGAGGAUACCGUGACAAAAGUCAAAGAACCACCAAGAAAAAAACUUAGAACAUGCAACGAAGACGGGGAUGAAACAAAGGAAAGCGAACAUUUUGGGGCGGUACAAACCAAACAGUUAACUGUGGACGAAAAGGGAAAACAUCCCCAACAGCAGGAUAUAAGGCUCGAUAAGGAUAGUCCCGUACAUCAUUCUCCGGAGGGUGCUAUUUUACUAACAUUUCCGGAGACGCCUCCAAGUUUUGAACUUGAUCCUGGCGAAGAAGAAACGUCGCCACAAGUUUGAUUAGGACACGCGAACUCAGAUCACCUCCGCGUUGUUUGCUUGUGCACGUUUGUGUGAACACAUGGAGGUACGAGGAGACCUUGAAAUAAUUUUUCGUUUGACGAGGCUCUAAAACCAGCUAAGUUCGAAGAGGGUCAAAUCCGCCUGCGGUCUCGGCCGAGUGAUUGUGCGAGACAAGUUUUAGUAAAUAUUGAGUUUCCAAUAACCGAGGUUUCCAAAGGAAUCUCUAACUUUGGUUGAAAGGUGUUCUUAAACAGGACAGAGUACUGAUCUCUUUCCCUUUUUACCCAAAAAGCGACAACUUGUUUUUACUUUUGAAAGACAAGUGGGUGGACAAAAUUAUUCUCUCUCUCUGUAGACUUUACCAAAUCGGAGCGAUGUGGUUCGCGGCUGUCUGGUACAUUACAAGCCCUUCCUAGUCGACGUGGUCGAAUGGCUACACUCCAGCUUAGUAAACAUUUCCAUAGUUUACAGUUUAGUUUUAUCAAGUUUUGUCGAUUCACUCUGGGUUGAUCCACUCUGACGAAGGGCCAAUGCUCGAAACGUUAGCUUAGAAACUCUUUACAUUGGCCACUUUAAAUUAUCAACUCAGUUAAUGAAAACAAAUAAUCGCUUAGUUAAUCUCCCCCACCUGCGCAGCGCCACAGUUUCUUUAGAAAUUUACCCCCUUUAUUCAUUGCUGUGAUUGGCGCUUUUCGACAUGUGUUUUCCUCAGUGGUCUCCUUUCGCGCGUGCUCCUGUUGUUGUGUUGCUUGAUCGCGGGUAUCCAUGUUUCUGGAAUGUCUAUUUCAUCUUGUUCUUUUCACGAUGACGAAUAACCACAGCCUCUAAAAUACAGGAUUCCUGUUCGUAUUUUGACGCCAAAAAGUAGGAUUUAUAAGAAUUAGAGUAAGACCACCGAUACCCUGGCCAAGAUAUGCAAAAUCUGCCUUUAAACGUGUACUUGAUGAGGUGGUGAACUGCCUUGGUGACAAAAAGCAAGCUAGUCAGUGGUAAAAACUGAGUUAUUAAAUAAAAAGACAUACACAAUGUAGUUUGUAAUGGUUACAAAUAAUGA